AGGACUUUCUGCUGCCUGCCGUGAGGUGGGGAGGGGGUACCUCCGUGCCGACGUCCUACUCCGUGAUGUGAGGCACAGGCAUGCUCAGUAGCUGGUGCCUACCCCUCCUCUCUCAGCAACGGUGCCUACAACGCUGAGAGACCGCCGGCAGCCGGAGCGGGGCCGGAAAGCCAUCUUUACGGGAGCGGAGGCAGCGGCGGUCGGGAGCCAUGUCUGCUCCAGCUCCUACCCAAGGACCCACUGGUGCUGGGGCUGCAGGACCACUUCCUGCUACUAAUGUGUCAAGUAACAAACGGCUGCAGCAGACACAAGCCCAAGUGGAUGAAGUGGUAGACAUCAUGAGAAUGAAUGUGGACAAGGUGCUAGAAAGAGACCAGAAGCUCUCAGAGCUUGACAACCGGGCAGAUGCAUUGCAAGCAGGUGCCUCACAGUUUGAAACCAGUGCAGCCAAACUGAAGAGAAAAUAUUGGUGGAAAAAUUGCAAGAUGAUGAUCAUCCUUGGUGUAGUAUGCACAGCCAUUCUCAUUAUAAUUAUAAUUUAUUUCUCCACUUGAAAAAAUGAAGAAGGAAGACUUGGCACAACUUUGUUCGUAUCAACCAACAAUAUCAGUGUUCCUUUGUUGAACUCCGCUUUUUAAUUCCUGGUGUCUUGGGAUUUUUGCUUCUAAUAACGUAUAAGCAUUCAGUGUGGUGUGUUUUGGAAUUCUGUUGUUUCCACAAGAAACUGUACCAGCUAAAUACUGCCAAGUAGUUCCAUACACUGUCUUAUCACUGUGUCUUACAAUGUGCACGCACUGACCUUUAGAAACUGUAGUAUAUGAAAAGCAUCCUAAAUAUCUCAGAAUUGGAGAAUGCAGCUGUAGGAGAGUUCCUGCGUAAAGGGACACUGUCAGGUUUCAGCAAACAUGAGGGCCAAAAUUCUUAGUCUGAGUACCUAAAGUUGUGUGGCAAAAUCCACUAUCAGGUGCAGCUUUUUGAGGUAGCAAGUGUCUGCUGCACUGGAGAAUGGUACUUGCAACUAUUCAUAGAAUGUGUAAGACAUCUCUACUUAGCCAAGCAAUCACAUAUGUUUUUGAAAUCAAAUGUGAUAUCCAUCUAAAAACAUUACCUGCAGAAAAUAAAUAUACCUGCAUUUUAUGGA